AAAAAAAAAACUAUUUAGACCGCCUUGUGAAAUUACCUUAUCAAUUAUUAUAAUAAUACAUUGAUAAUAGAAUAUUAAAAUUUUCAAAUGUAGUCGCACUCAUCAAUUUUUCAAAGUUAAUAGUCACAUUUAAAUUUGUACGUAACUACAGUUUCUUAUAAUAAAUCGAAAAUAUGAACAAAAAAUUAUCAUUAAAUAGACGGUUUGUAAAAUAUAUACAUCCAUUAAAAUCUAUUGUUGAUUUUCUUGAACAAAAGAAAUGUUGGCUUCAUCAGAUGAAAUACUUAGUUGAUGAUUUUAAAAUACUUCUCAACUUACCUCAUAUGGAAUUUUGGUCAACUAUUUUAUUUAAUAAAAGCUCUAUUGUUGGUUUUCAUACAUUUAUUCAGGAAGCAACUCCGUCAUACUUAUUGGAUCAUUUUUCUGAAGAUGUUGAUAUGAUAACAAUUUAUAAUGAGAUAGAAGAAUUAGCAUAUUGUUUAUUUAAGCGUUUAACAACUCCUUUAGAAAAUGAGAAAAUUCCAGUAAAUAAUUUAUUGAAACUAUUAUGUGAAAAUAAUAUUUUAAAUAUACCUAUAUUAUUUGAUGUAUGUGUACUUUAUGGACAAGAACAUACUGAAGAGCUAAAGACAUUAAUAAACAUUCUUUUUUCAAAUGAAAAUGUAUUUAGUGAUAAUUUAAAAAGCACUAUACAGUACAUGAAUAAAUGUUUUAAUCAAUUUCAAAUAAAAAUUGAAUUUGAUCUUGCUUUUGAUAAUCAAUCUAAUCAAAACCUUUCUGUUAAAAGUUCAGCUAUCAAAGAUAAAGAUAAUCUCAUGAUAAUUGAUGAUAUUAUAGAUUUCCUUUUGGAUAUUUCUUAUAGUAUAAAUUCAUUUAUAGAAAUUUAUCCUAUUUCUUCAACUUUAUUUUAUAAAGAAAAGUUUUAUACUAACAUUGCGUCAUUUUAUCAUAGCAUAAAACCAAUUGUUUAUAAAAAACUAAUUAUGAUGAAUAAAUUAGAACAGUUUAAUGAUAAACUGCAUGCAUCGCGCUUGCUAUUAUUGAAAUGUGUCCACCAGUGUUUAAAUAAUUUAAUAGAAGGAAUAAACAAUAAAAAAGAACCUGAAUUAGCUGUUGAAGAAUACUUAGAAGUCAUACAAGAACUAUUAACUUACAAUGAAUUUAUAAUUGAUUACAAUUAUUUAUACAACUUAACUGAGGACUUACAAAAAUGUAAAAAAAUGACCAAAAACAAGGACAUAACUCGAUAUACAUAUUUAGAAAAUUCUCUACUUUUGCUUAAAGUCUCUAAUGAAGAUUACAAAGAAAAAUUAUCUGAAAGUCAAGUUGAGAAACUUACAAAUAAUAGCUUCGAAAAUGCAAAGCUACAGUCACUUAUUAGUGAUGUAAAAGAUUUAUUACCACAUUUGGGAGAAGGUUUUAUACAGUUGUGUUUAGAAUAUUAUGAUAUGAAUUCUGAAAAAGUAAUAAGCAUGGUUUUAGAAAAUAGCCUCCCUCCAGAACUUACUAAGUAUGAUUUUUCAUUAUCAUCACUUUCUUUGGAAGAAAAUGAAAUUGACAGUAAUACAUCAGUUAAAUUGAAUAAAAAAAUUAAAAAACUUAAAAAAGUGUUAGACGAUAAAUCAUUUCGUAAUGAAAUGAGGCCUUUUUAUGAACAGUAUAACUUCACUGAAGUUACAAGUGCUGAAUUAGAAUCAUAUUAUGAUGAUGAAUAUGAUGACACAUAUGAUGAAGUAGAAUAUAUUAUACCUGAACCACUUGAUGAAAAUGAGAAAAGAAGACCUAAUGUUAUACCUAGGGUAUUGUUAGAAAAAAAAACUUUAGAAUGUUUUGAAGAAUAUUUAUCAGAUGAUAAUCAACAAGAACAACCAAUUCUAAAUUUCCAACCAUUCUGUGAAAAUCCAGAAGAUUUAAGAGAGAGACAAGCAAGAAAAUAUGAUGCUAAACAAAAUAACCGAGCAAAUCGAAAUAAAACAAAAGUACCUACAAGUAGCAUAUCAGAUUCUCGAACAGAAUUGGACAGACAAAGAAAAAAUGAGAACAAAGCAUUUCAUGGUAAUCAUAAUAGAAGAAAUGCAGCUAGAAGUAAACAACAAAAAGGAAUGUUUUGAUUUAAUUAAGAGUUGUACCACUUACUAUAAAAUCAAAAUUUUAUUUAAAUAAAAAUAUUGUUAAUUUGUUUAAAAAAUUUA